AGAAGAAACAAGAACAUGAGCACCACAGCACUAGCUUCUAAUAUAAUUUCCUGGGAAAUGAAUAACACUGCAUAUUUGUCUCCGCCCACGAGGGUCCUCCGUUUGGGUGCUAAUGAUGUUGAUCUACGUAGUUACCGCAUGUCACAGCUUACCAUCGACCUGGUCGGAGCAUGGUCAAGAAGAGGAUCAGCUCCUAAAAAUUUAGAGCACAUCCAAAAGAGGUGCAAUUUUUAUAAUAGGAACAAAGACAGCGUCCAGAAAAAGGACCCCAGCACUACAACCCAACGCAAUAUGAAAGCAUUUCCUAGAAACAAAUUCGUGGAGGGUCCAAAAUGGCUUCCCAUUGAGAGCCAACAUCAUGGAGGUGCAAAUUUGCAUAGAGGAGUUCCCCAAAACAAUGGAAGAUUCCAAGAAGUGUCACGAAUGUUUAACUGA